AUGGCCCUGAGGAAAUUGGACCACAAUGCCUAUACGGUCGGUUGGGUAAGCGCCCUGGACUGUGAGCUCAUUGCUGCCAGGGCGCUGCUCGAUGAAGAAGAUGAGGCUUUGGAGCCCGCUUUGCACGAUGCGAAUUUCUAUGUCUUGGGGAGAUUUGAGAAACAUAAUGUGGUCAUCACCUCAACUAGCGGCUAUGGUACGAAUGCGGCCACUCAGGCUGUUACGAACAUGAUUCGAUCUUUUCCAAAUAUACGCUUUGGCUUGAUGGUGGGCAUUGGUGGAGCAGUGCCUGGCGAGCCAAAUCCCUCUCAACCGAUGAAAGACAUUCGCCUUGGGGACAUUGUUGUCAGCGAGCCUAAAGGAAAUCAUGGUGGCGUGCUGAAUUACGAUAUGGGAAAGUGGAGAAACGACAGUGAAUUCUCAAUCGAAUCACAUCUAAACAGCCCGCCCAGUAUCCUCCGUCAGGCAGUUACGCAGCUACGAUUGGACCACCGGUUUCGCAAAGGAAAAAUGAAACAAUAUACAGAACAGGCCAUAGAUCUGAUACGCCACCUACCUGAUGUGGACGAUGCUUCUUUUCCCGGUUGGGAAGAAGACCGACUUUUCAAGGCAGAUUAUGACCACGUGAAUCCGAGACACAAGGACUGUCGAGAUUGCAAUUCUACACAAAUUGUUGAACGGUCGCCUCGCCCCUCGACUAUCCCAGCUGUGCAUUAUGGGCUUAUUGCCUCGGGGAAUGCCGUUAUGAGAUCAGCGACAUUAAGAGAUCGUCUUCGCGAUGCAUGGAACGUCAAAUGCUUUGAGAUGGAAGCCGCAGGCCUAAUGAAUCAUUUCCCUUGCCUCAUUAUCCGUGGUCUAUGUGAUUAUUCUGACAGUCACAAGGCGAAAAGGUGGCAGGCUUACGCUGCAGUAGUUGCUGCCGCUUAUGCAAAAGACCUUCUUCGCAUUAUAGGGCUGGAGAGGAUAAAAAGCACCGAGGCAGCAACCGAUAACAUGAAAGAGGUGAUAAACGCGAUCAGCCACGUCGAUGACGGUGUUCAGAAGCUGAGAAAUGCAAUUGACGAUACCUACAGGAGGAAGAUUCUAGAUUGGCUUAGUCCGAUUGACCAUGAAAGCGAGCAGAGUGACUUUUUUGCCACUCGACAAGAAAGCACUGGCCAGUGGUUCUUGGACUCUGAUGAAUUCCAGCGGUGGGUGAAUGAGCCGAAGCAGACUUUACUCUGCCAAGGUAUUCCUGGAGCUGGAAAGACCGUGAUGACAUCCAUAGUUGUUCAUGAUCUACAUCAAAGAUUCUCGCAAGUCAAGGGUAUCGGUAUCACGUACGUAUAUGGCAAUUUCCUCCGUCGCACCGAGCAGCAGCUCUCGGCCAUUCUGUCCUCCUUACUCAAACAACUCUGCCAAUCUUUCCUUCAACUACCUCCUUGUGUCACCGAGGCCUAUGAGCGAUUUUGGACUCUCCGAGUUCACCCUUCGCCAGAGAAACUUCUGCAUAUGCUGGGGACGGUAAUGACCUCGAGUCAAAAAACCUAUGUCGUUGUCGAUGCCUUGGACGAGAUUGAGACAUCAGACGGCACUUGUCGUCAGCUGCUUGCCGCUUUAUUUAGGCUCCAACAGGUCGCACCUAUGAGCUUGAUAGCAUCUUCUCGCCAUGUAGCUGAUAUUACGAGCACAUUCCGUGCAAACGGGAGUCAUAUCAUGGAGAUUCGUGCUCUCGAUGAUGAUAUCCGCAGUUAUAUUGAUUCGCAGCUCAACAAAGCACGCCCCUUUGUCUCGGGGGACCAGCAAUUAAGAUCAAGAAUCAAGGAAACAAUUGUUCAGGCAGUGGACGGAAUGUUUCUUCUCGCGAAGCUGCACCUCGACUCUUUGGGUGACAAAAUCUGUAAAGCCGAUAUUAAGACAGCAUUAACAAGCCUUCCAACAGGCGGGGAUGCGUAUGAUCGCGUGUACGACGAGUCAAUGGACAGAAUCAACAGCCAGACAGAAAAUCUCAAAAAUCUUGCUAGGCGAGCCUUGAUGUGGACCGUCUGCACAAAAAGCCUUCUGACUGUGGAGGGGCUGCAGCGGGCCCUUGCUAUUACGAGCGCAAAAAAGGCCCUUGACGCAGACAACAUGCCUGAUAUUGACCUUGUAAUCGAGGUAUGCUCGGGGCUGAUCAAAUUCGACGAAAAAAGCAAGGUCAUUCGACUUGUUCAUUUUACCGCACAGGAGUACUUCCAACGUAAAUGGAAAACAUGGUUCGCUGAUGCCCAUUCUGAAAUUGCUUGGGCUUGUGUCUUCUAUCUUACGUGGGGGAAACCCAAGCCAGAGUAUGGUACGGAAGCACCAGACAGUCAAUGGCCAUCAUUAUAUGACUACGCCUCUUCCAAUUGGCAGUAUCAUGCACUUCUUGAUCCAACUGAUGAUAUUUUUACCCGUCGCUUACUCGAAGAUCCAUCAAUUGUCGCUCACUGGGAUCAGACAACAAGCCCUCGCUGCUUUUGUGAUGAUGGCCCCUCUACGGGCUGCUUUAUUGCCCCAACAAAUGCAUCACCUCUGCACUUUGCGGUCUAUCAUGGCACAGAAACCUCAGUGAGAUUAUUGCUUGAAAGGGGUGCGGAUUGUAAUAAGGAAGACAAAUAUCAACGAACCCCUCUAGCAUGGGCAGCCGAGCAAUCCGCGGUAGCUGCAGCACGAUCCCUUCUCGACACAGGGGCCAAUAUCAAUCAUGUUGAUUACCUUGGCUGUACGCCACUUUCUUACGCUGCAGCAUGGGGAAGCCCCGAGAUGAUCCAACUGUUAAUUGACAGAGGAGCGAUCGCCGACAGGCCGGACAAUGCCGGUCAGACCGCUUUUGCCAAAACGUGCUAUCGCGAAGACCGAGACGCUACCAUUCCUAUUUUCGUAGCUCAUGAUCCUGCUCUAGUGGCUGAGUUAACGGACGUUGAAAUUCUCGAUGACAUCGUGCAAUGGGCGAGAGCACAUAAGGGAGAGGAGUUUGUUCGGAUGAUUGAAGAGAAAGGUCCCCCAGAGGCCAAAAGCGCCUCGCUACUUGUGGCCUCUCGUGAGGGCGAUAUUGACGAUGUCAAACGUCUGAUUAGAGAGGGCGCGAAUCCUGACUAUCGAGAACCAGUCUGGGGCAGGUCUGCCCUUUCUCAAGCAGCCGAGUAUGAUGAAACUGCUGUAGUUUCUCAUUUGCUAAAGAAUGGUGUUGACCCAGAUAUGCUCGAUAUUAAUGGAUGUGCAGACUCGCAGAACAAUGAGGGUAACACUCCUCUAAUGUGGGCCAUCAGGAACGGUCAUUUCGGUCCCUUCUGUGCCCUUCUGGAGCAUGGCGCAGAUCCAAGCAAGGCGGCCGACGAUAAAGACAGAGGAGGGGGACUACAUUUCGCUGCUGAGCUUGAUCGUAUCGAGAUGAUCGAAAUUUUGCUGAAGAAGGGCACCCAAAUUAACGACUGCGACAACCAUUAUCGGCAGCAAACGCCUCUCUCGUCAGCCGCGGAGAGAGGCCAUUUACAAUCAGUCAGACUUCUGCUGGACCGCGGAGCUGAUCCGAAAUCUGCUGAUGUGAACGGUCGACAACCUCUCUCAUGGGCUGCACAGAAUGGUCAUACGCAGGUUGUGGAUUGCCUUCUUGAGAAAACUAGGGAUGAUAUCGAUCUAGAAGAUGACACGGGUAAAACACCACUUUGCUAUGCUGCGAUGAAUGGUCGGGGUGAUGUUGUUGGUAUGCUCCUUUCAAAAGGGGCACAACAUUCGGUGAAAGAUCGAGAUGGUCACGAUCCACUGCACUAUGCACUUCAAAGUGGCAACAAGGCUGCCAUUGAAGCCUUUAGUGCAAAUAGAAUACCUGUCACUAUCUAG